UUUGCCGAUCCGAUGGAAGUCGACAGAGAAAGCCUCGGAACCACCAGAAAAAAUCAAGGACUUACUGAAGGAGUUCCAAGACAUUCUUUCCGACGACCUCUCGGACGAGCUACCGCCAUACCGAACGCACCAACACGAGAUCGUGGAGGAACCAGGUUCGAAGCCAACCUUCCGAGCACCAUAUCGGCUAAGCCCCACCGAGCUAGCCGACAUGAAGAAACAGAUCGAGUAUCUCCUCGCCAAAGGACUCAUCCGACCAUCCACUUCGCCAUAUGGUGCCCCAGUAUCUUUACACCGAAACCGGACGGAAGCCUGCGCAUGUGCAUCGACUACCGAGCUCUGAACAAGCAGACCAUCAAGAACAAAUACCCGAUUCCACGAAUCGAUGACCUGCUUGACCAGCUUCGGGGAGCCACGGUAUUCUCAAAACUAGAUCUGCGGUCCGGAUACUGGCAGAUACGAAUGACAGACGAGUCUCUCCACAAAACUGCUUUCCGAACUCGGUACCGAUACAACGUUCCAAGCAGAGAUGAAUCACACCCUACGCCCACUCUUGGACGAAUGCGUGGUGGUGUAUCUGGACGAUAUUCUCGUCUACUUGCGCGACAUGCAACAACACGUCGAGCACCUACGACGCGUCUUCGAGAUUCUUCGACGAGAACGCUUCUACGUCAAACUAUCCAAGAGCGAAUUCGCCUUCGAGAAAGUCCAAUUACUCGGACAUAUCGUAAGCACUCAAGGAGUUCACGUCAGCCCCAUGAAAAUCGAAGCCGUGCGUACGUGGAAGACACCCAAAAAUAUGAAGGAGUUACAGCACGACAUCUGCUACAGUGGGACAACGACAUCGCGUACCGGAAAGGAUCAACGAAGAUCUGGGUACCUAAUUACCCUCCAUUGCGCCAGUUACUACUCGAAGAAUACCACGACGUCCUGUAUGCAGGACACUUUGGUAGCAACAAGACGCUCACCGGUAUCGCCAAACACUACUACUGGACCCACAUGGCAGAUGACGUACAGAAAUUCGUCACCUCGUGCACUACAUGUCAGUGGAUGAAGAGCAGCAAGCAGAAAAAGGCAGGUCUACUACAGCCUCUUCCUAUCCCAGAACAGCCAUGGCAAGUGGUCAGCCUAGACUUCAUCACCGGGCUACCAACUACCACAAGCGGUCAUGACGCGAUCCUCGUCGUCAUUGACAAGUUCUCCAAAAUGGGACACUUCAUCCCUAAACACAUGACAACACGCACCGAGGAGACGGCACAACUCUUUGUUCGCUACAUCAUCUCACAACAUGGCAUUCCAACCACACUCAUCUCCGACCGAGACCCUAAGUUCACCAGUAAAUUUUGGAAAGAACUGAUGUCUCUACUUGGAACCAAACUCGCCAUGUCAUCCGCCUACCAUCCGCAGACAAAUAGACAGACCGAGCGCCUCAACCAAAUUGUGGAGCAACUCCUCCGCACAGACUGCAAAGACGAAAUCUCCAAAUGGGACUUGCAUCUGCCCGUCCGGGAGUUUGCCUACAACAAUGCUAUUCAUGCCACUUUUGUCAGACGCCCAGCAAGUUGAAUCAUAAAAUUCCAUCAAGAUU